AGACACGUAGCGGAACAUGUUAGGUGCUGACGUUUGUUUCUGCCAGUGCUGCUUCUGAGGUAGCACCAAGUGAGCCGGAUGUUGUGUGAAUGUCAAAGAUGGCGCUCCACAUGUCACGGUGAUUUCUUAUCAAAUAGUCAGUUAGUGUAGGGUUCCGUAUCUGUAAGGAUAUACGGUUUCACUGGAUGGUGAAACAUUUACUGGGCUUUUAUUUCCAUUGAUGAAGUGAGCGGAGCGGAGGAGGAGAUGUCUCUGAGCCGCAGUGUCCGGCUGCUCGGUCAAAUCCAACGAUGUCGUCCAACUGUGGCUACGAACCAAACAGCUCGGGGUGUGAGUCAGGCAGCCUCCCAGCCGGAGCCCAGCGCGAAUGAAAACGAAGCCGUGAGCCCGACCUUUGUGAACAGGAACCCGCGGAACCUGGAGCAGAUGGCCCUGGCAGUGAAAGAGCGGGGCUGGAAGACCACCUGGCCUCGCCGCGAGUUCUACCACAGGUUGGAGAUUAAUCGCUCCCAGCACCAUGUGACGGCACAGGUUUUCUCCAGCAGCUCUCCGGACCCGGUGCUUACCUGUUCGACCAAGGAGUGGGGGAUAAAGAAGGAGCUGGCUUCCACAAACUGCGUGGCAGCGUGUCAGGCUGUGGGCGAGGUGCUGGCUCAGCGAUGCCAUCAGGCGGGCAUCACCAGGAUGGUAUACAGGGACAUUCCCUGGACGUACCGCUCCGACGCUGUUCAGGCUUUCAGGUCGGCGAUGAAAGAGGGAGGAAUCCGACUCAGUGAACCCAGAAGGAAAUACAUCGAUUCCUGAAUAUAGGUCUCAUCUAUCACAUCUGUUUUGUAAAAAUGUCCUCCGUGUCCAUUACUCUUUGCUUGUGUGUGAAUUAUGACUGAUGUAUUGUACUGAUACACUGCAAUACAAACAAUAAGUAAUGACAGUAAGGUUGCUUGUGUUUUUCCUCUUGUGAAUAAAAUCUUUAAGAAUAAAAGCUG